CUUCGGUGCUCAGAGCGAGCCUCUCUGUUCAUUAUCAUCAACCACAACAGCCGCCUGCACACAAGCGAGGGCGGGAGGGAGGAGACAACCCUCACACCCUCAGGAGCAGCAGCGGGCGCUGAGGGCAAGCCUAAAAGAGGCCGCCAGCGGGAUCUUGAGGGAGGGAAGCGCCGCCGCCGCUAGCCACACAGAGCCGCGGAUCGGAGGCGCAGCAAUGACUCUGGUGCUACCCCUGAACAGCUUCUGCGAGCCCAUUGUCUCCUCGGAAGGAGCCGCCGAGUUCCAGCCCUUGUGGGAGUCGCGCUGUUGCAGCAAGAGCAGCCCUGCCUCUGAUGCAGCCUCCAGCAGCAGCAGCAGCAGCAGCAGCAGCAGCAGCAGCAACAGCAACCAGGGCCAAGCGCAGCCGCAGGCGCAGGACAGCGAAGGCAGGGCAGCGUCUGGGCAGCCCCCAGCGGCAGGAUCUCACCACAGAGGAAUUUCAAAUCCUAUAACAUCCAGGAUCACAUACUUUAAAAGGAAAUAUGUGGAAGAAGAGGAUUUUCAUCCACCACUCAGCAGCUGUACACCUAAAACGAUAUCUGUCUUUGAGGAACGGGCACAUAUCCUUUACAUGUCUUUGGAAAAAUUAAAGUACAUCGAUGAUCCAGAAGUCUACCUAAGGAGAUCUGUUCUCAUAAAUAAUUUAAUGAAGAGAAUUCAUGGGGAAAUAAUCAUGCAAAAUAACUGGUGUUUUCCUGCUUGCUCCUUUGGGGGGCCCACAACCCAAGAGUGGUUUAUGUCUCAUGACUGUCCUUACAGAAAACGCCUUCGGAUGGCAAGGGAGGACUGUGAAAAAAUCCACGCCUGCUGUUUUUAUCAAGAAUGUGGCAGCCACUAUUUAAGUUUACCAUUUUCUACUAAUUCUGCAAUGGGAAAUUCCUCCUCGUCAUCGUCCUCCUCCAUAUCUUUGCCAAGUUGUUCCCAACAGGUGGAAUAUGGUGUUGGCUGUGCCCCAGGUUACAGGAGUGAUGAUCAGAUACAUGCCAAUGAAAUUUUCAUUACUAAUGCUGGGCCACAUGGCAAUCAAGACAAGUCAAUAUUAAGCAAUGAAAAAGGAAGCCAUGAAAUAGAACGAGACUGUGCUUCAGAUUGGGAACCUAUGAAAAGUGAUCAUGGCAUUGAAUGUAGAAGCAAAUGCUAUGAUUAUUUUGAGAUGGGGCGUGGUGACAAAAGCAACAUGAAUGAAUCUUGGAAGAAAUCCUUACGAAAAAGGGAAUGCUUACCAGGUGGCAAAAUAUGUUGCAGUAAAGGAAGCAAAAUAUGAACCCUCUUCCUCUUAAUUACAGUUCUUAAGCACACACAGCGUGUCGAAUUUAUCAAACAAAAUUUCAUUCCGGAUGAAUUUUCUUAUAGUUUUAUACAGCCAAUACAAUCAUAUCACAUGCUUCAUGGAUAGUUUAAAUGACUGGGGAGCAGAUUGCAUCAGAGCGUAUAUACUGUAUUGUCUGCAUCACAGAACUAUUUAUAAAUAUAUGGAAUCUUCAUAAAGAGCACAGUUGAAUUGCAAUGUAUAUUUUAGCUUUUUUUGCUGGAAACACAUACUCAUACACAAUAAACCAGAUGGAGAAAACACAACCCUUUUCACAUACCCUUCCCCUAGGGAAUCUGACAUGUAUUAAGAGGAAUCUCCUUUGUGCAUAUCAAUUUAUUAUAUAUUUGAUAAACAAAUUAUUACCAGCAAAAGGGGAGGUAUAUUUUUUGCCCAAGAAUAAUGGCUCUGAGAAAAACUGGAUAUAGUUGAAGAGCAAAAACUCACAUUGUGAUCUAGUAUUGACACCAUUCAGAUGUAUUUGUGUCUGGUUCAACUAACCCAAUAGGGUGCAAUAACACCUUUUUAUGGAAUCUUAAUCAGAAGUCCUUCAUACAGUUCCAGCACAUGUACAAUUUUCAGCUAAGCUGCAAAAGUGAGCCAGCUUUAUGGUGGUUUAUUGCUAUAAAGGGCAGAAUUUCUUUGGUGCCUUAAUUUUUAAUCUUAAUUUUUCCAGGGUGAAAAUUAAGUUUUUUAAGAACACACACACACACACCACACACACACACACACACACACACACAAGCCAAUAGCUACAGCAGGGAUAUAACCUAAACAGGAAAAAAAAUAAUAACAGGGUGGAUCAAAUAUUAUUAGAAACCUGUAUCCUUUGAAAUACUGGGUUUGAUUUCCUAUUCAAAUGCCUCUAUUCUUCCCUUUUGCUCAAUUGCUUUUGAUUUGCCAUAGUUAGGAAGGAUUGAAGAAAGAAAAAACAAUAGAGAGAUGUCUCUUGUAAACAAGCGCUAGCUGCUUGAACAUUUCUAUGGCAACUGUCAGUUGCUGUGAUUUCCCUUCUCCCCCCCCUCCCCGGUAUAAUGAAGUUCAUGAACCAGUGGCAUGCUUUAUACUUUGUUUCACAUCUUUUUAUCUCUUUAAAAUUGUAAAGAUCAUGUACCGGGGUUUCGUAUAACUUUAGGGUUUUUUAUUUUGGAAAAAAAGCACAAUGUUACUAAAUGAUGUGGUGAUAUAAGAGUUUAUCUGAAAUGAAUGUAAGGGUUUAAUUUUUUUUUUAACACUAUCUUGGAGAAACAGGGGGCAUAAUCUUAAAUUGUCAAAAGCACAUGGUCAGUUUUGAAUGUUUUUAGUUUAAAAUGCACAUUUUGGGCAGGAUCUGGCUAAAGAACAGCACUUUUUAAUCCCACUGAUUACAGUGGGAGGGUUAAGCAUACAAUGAAUUCUGCCGCAUUGAGAUCACUGAGAUAUCUUUAUUGCUGAAAGAACUAAUAAACCAGAAAAAAGUAACAACUCCUCUUUACAUUUAUCCUUCCUACUGGGGAGCUAGACCUAAAUUAAGAGUAAUCUUAAUUUCAGCAAAAUGCUUAAUUGUGCCUGGAUCAUGCCCUUACUUUUGUUUAGGAGCCUAUGAAGAACUUUGUUUCAUCUGUAGCUAAUCUGUGUUUCAAUCACCACAAAACCCUAUAUUAUCAACAGAGUAACUCCAAUGUAACUCCUCCCCCCCUAAAAAAAAAAGAUGGGGGAAAGUUUGAUCUUCAAAGCCUGUUCCCCUUAAAACUCUAUGUAUUUUAUACAAUAGCCACAUGAAUUACUCAGAUAACUAUGGACACUUCCAGAUUGUCACUAUUUUCAGGUGGGAUUCAAUCACAUACCAGCAAAUUCAGGUUGGGCAGUUAAAGUCAAUCUGAGCUCUUGUGCAACAAACCCACUUCUCCCCCCAACCCCCCUCCAGACUUUUUACGAUAAGGAAAGUGAUGGGGAAUGUGGGGAAUCAAUUUGGUUGACACAAUGUUAACUAACCUUUCCAUAAACAUAUCAGGACAAUGCCCAAUAAAUAGGUCAGCUGGAAGCAACCUAUAUAGUAUCUCUCAAAUCCCAUUCCUCACUCCAUAGUCCCCAGGUUAUAAAUAAAAGGGCUAAGUAAGGCAAGAAAAGAAAAGAAAAUGCAGCUCCUGUUCAUCUAUCUGCAGUUAUCUGUGCAAAACAUGAAAAGUCCUAGAGUUUAUGCUGGCCCAGAAGUCUUGGAUGAGACCAUAGCUCAGUGGGUAGAGCAUAUACUUUGCAUAUAGGAAGUUCCAGGUUCAAAUCCUAGCAUCUCCAGUCAGGUAGGUGAUGGGAAAGCCUUCUGCUAGAGAGUUGCUGCCAGCCAGAGCAGGCAAUACUGGGCAUGAUGGAUGAAGGGUCAGACAUAGUAUAAGGCAUGUUCCUGUGUGCAGUUUUUGACACGAGAACCUCUCAACCUAAUUGUAGAUAUUUGGGGUCAAUUGCAGUUACUCCUCCUGCUGGAAAGAGUUUCUGCACAUAACCAGAGGCCAGGCCUAGAGUUUAAAAUAGACUCCAGGGCUCACCUGUAUGGAGCCCUAGGUACUAAGCAUCAGCAAUAAAGAGUUUUCCCCAGUUUUAUUUUAGCAGUGGAACUGGGAGGUUCCACUAUAUGGUAGGCAUUCCAGAAUGCUGAAAAAGUGGUAGGGAUUUAAAACAAUUUAAAAUGUAUAGAGGUCAACAAUAUGUAAGUAUGGGUAGGGAGGGAUCAGGCUUUGUUGUCCCCUUGUCUGCAAAGAUGGUCAGAGCUAACCAGAGGAUGAUUACAUGUGGAUUUUAACCCCUUACCCCCACAUCUGCUGUCAUAAAAGCAGUCAUAGGAUUGUGGGAGCAAGCAGAUGGGACGGGUGGAAGACAGCCGGGAAGGGGUGCAAAGUAGGAAGAUCUUAGAAGCCACCCAUCAAGAGCCAGAUCCCUAGACCAGUGGCAACUUCAUUACAGAUUCUAUUUUUUCCUAUGUUCCAGUCCAUAUUGUGUAUUAUUUUUAAAACACAUAGUUGAGAUUGCACAGUAGACUUUUGCCAACACAUUCUGUUAUCAUCAUUAAUAACUUGUAAUUUGCAUCAGGUACGAUUACACAAUUAUCUCCACCUUCCUUGUGUGUGCUUAGGAAAUACAUGAGAUAUUUUGCAGAGAAUUAAAGUGUCUUUAUCUAUGCUAAAAUUAGCUCAGUCCCACUCGGAUAGACCCAUUGAAAUUAAUGAACCUAAGUUAGUCAUGUCUAUUAACUUGAAUGGAUCUACUCUGGAUAGCACUAGCAUUGAAUACUACCCAAUGAAAUUUGCAAGGAUGAUCAAUGUUAGACACAUUAAUUUUUUAAAAAAUGUUACCCUACCUUAUUUCUCCAAGACACAAGCAUUUUAAUU